AUGUAUAAAGAAAUUAUGAGCGACCUCACCGACUUGGCGCACUUGAAGCAGUUGUGCAAAAAGAAGCCGGACCUUUUAGCCACCCUGCAAUCAUGCAAAGCAAAAGAAUAUGAGGAGAUAUGGCUCAUCUUGCACAAAGCAUUGGAGGAGCGCACCCCUCCAGACAAGCUACUUUACGAUGCGGAGAAUUCGACUUUGCUCUUUAGGGAAGAAAAUGAUAGGCAGUAUCUACUAACGUGCACCAAUUUCAUAUAUAUAUAUUUACAACAUUUGGCGAAUAAUGACAAAAAGAGGAAGAAGCACAUAAAAUUGGAUAGCAAUUUUUACUCUCUUUUUUGUAAGCUCAUUGAGGUCCAAUUCAUGCUAAGCGACAAAGAACUGCGCAUGUCCUUUGGGAAAUGCCUAUUCCAGCUAUGCGAACUGAACUUAGAAGAAAAUGAAUUUUCGGCUCACGUGAAAGUGAACCUAUUAAUAUUUUUGUUGUGGAAGACGUGCUCCUCGGAGGGCAAAAGUGCAGACGUCAGUAAACUCAAAAAGAACAAGGAUUUGUGCAAAUAUAUAAAAUGGGGAAUUCCAGAAAAAUCCACGAACUCGUUUUAUCUGCUCUGUUCCUACUCACUGAAUCUUCCCAAGUUUUAUGCACACCCCGAUGGGAAAUUCUUUCUGGCACACGUUUGGUCUCAACACGAAAGCAUAGCGUCUCACCUUUUUAACAAAUUUGUGCACAACACGGUGGUCCUCUCGCAUGACAGCAUCAAUCACUAUUCGCAAAUUAUCCAUUCGACGUGGAAGAACUGCGAAGGAGUAAUGAAAGAGACACUGGAGAUGCAAAUUGAGCACCUCGUCAACUUGGCCUUAAAAUGUCCCAUUAAAAUUGCAGCACGAUUCAGAAAUGCUUUAAGUAUAUUCCAUAACAAUAAGGGGUAA